AUGUGGCGCAGGGGCGCAGGGGCGGACGAGUUUGGGCACCACGGUUUGGUUUGUCGCCUGGGUGGGGGCCGUCAACUACGUCACUCAGCGCUAAACGAAUACAUUUGUCGGCUCUUCUUCAAGGCUUCAAUCCCGGUUCUCAAGGAACCAUCCGGCAUUUCUGCGCAUGAUGGUAGGCGUCCGGACGGAUGCACACUAAUACCUUGGAGAGCCGGCAGAUGUUUGGCGUGGGAUGUUAUGGUCCCUGGCACCCUUGCCGAACAAUACGUAAACCUGACAAGUAAAGAAUGCGGUUUGGCCACGGCCAGGGCAGCGGACGAGAAAAUGAAAAAAUAUGGGAACGCCCUCCCCUCGAUGGAAUUCUUGCCAAUAUGUAUCGAGGUUCUCGGCCCGAUGGACCCCAACACCCUUAAAUUUCUUAAGGCAAUAUGUAAAAUGAUCAGCGUCAGAUCAGGCGACAGCAGGGAACUGUUUUUCGCAACUAACCACAUUUCGGGCUUGUUGCAGCGGUUCCUGCGUAGUAGCAUUGAAGUGAACAUCAUCGUGGCCACAGCAAUCAUACUUCCUUACAGUGUGACCACAUCACGCCUUAUUCUCCCUAAUUAA